UGAGUGGAGGGAGAAACGCACAGCAGCAGCUUGUCCUGCUGCCCAGCCCCGGCUGUCGUUCAGGCUACUGAGCGCACAGUGUCUCUUUCGCGCUAGGAGCAUGGCUGCCAUCAAGGCUUUGGAGCAGUGGUGUAAAGUGCAGUGUGACGGCUACCGAGAUGUAGCCAUCACCAACAUGACGACAUCAUUCAAGAACGGAUUGGCUUUCUGUGCGCUUAUACACAAGUACAGACCGGACCUGAUAGACUAUGACUCACUCAAAGAGGAGGAUGUGUUUGAGAACAACAGACUGGCUUUUCAGGUCGCAGAGGAGAAGUUGGGAAUUCCAGCUUUGUUAGAUGCAGAAGACAUGGUGGCUUUAAGGGUCCCAGACAGGCUGAGCAUUCUUACCUACGUCUCCCAGUACCACAACUACUUCAAAGGACGGCCUCCCAUGGGAGGUGUAAAAAGGCCAGCAGAGGGUUCCAAGGAGGAGCCAUCAGAGAAGAAAAAUCUCCCAGUGGUUGCCAAAACCUUUGUGCCUAAAACCGCCAUUGAGAAUCAUUUACCCUCCACUCUCCCUGCUCAGACCUCACCCAAGUUGGCCAGAGCUGCUGUUCAGAAGGAAGUUCUUGUGGAAAACUCCAACAAAAAUGGAACUCUCAAUAGCAAAUGUGCUGCAUGCAAGAGCCAUGUUCAUCUGGUUCAGAGGCACUUUGUGGAUGGCAAGCUCUAUCACAGAAGCUGUUUCAAAUGCAGUGAAUGCUCCAGCGUGCUUCAUUCAGGAGGCUACAAACCUGGGAAGAAUCCAGACACUUUUAUCUGUAACGCCCACCAGAACAGCUGCAAAUCCUCCUCCUCUGAAGCUGGGAUCAAAAACGGACCCGCCAGUUCAGCUGGGCGAUUAAAUAGUGUCAGCCAGACCCAGCCUGCAUCACGCCCCUCUUCUUCUGUGCUGUCAGCCCCAUUGAAUAUUGUCCUAAAGCCAAUCAGUCCCACUCCACCUUCCCGGUCCUGGAUGGCCUCAGCCCAUAAGACACAGACGGCCAGGCAGAGUUUUUUCCAGGCUGCAGUGCCAGUCACAGAGGCCUCAACAGGUAACAGGAAGCCCACAGAGCCCUCAAGUGUUUUAGGAAGGCCAAAGGUCCCACUGAGUCCUGAUGAUAAGAGCAGAGUCAGAACAACCACUGGAAAGAAAUUGGCAGAGGAAAACUGCAACAAUAACAACAAACGCCUGUUCACCAUCCGAUCAGCAGAGAGACGGUUUGGAGACAAGCCAAGUUCAGCUGACAGCCCCAGUUUGAGAAAAGAUAAAUGCAGCCAAGGCCCAGCAGGAAACUGGGCAAGACAGCCCUCCACCAGCCAGACAAACAAUAAGGAACCGCCAUGUCUGAAGGCCAUCAACAAAGACAACACAAGGGCAAUAACUGUACACACAACUGCCAAAGAUCCUGUCUGGGGACAAUUGAAGCUUAAACCUGUGAAAAUCGAGCAAGGUUUAAAACAUGCUGAAGCUGAAGCCUUUACUGAGCAACAUAAGCCUGGAUCCAUGUCCGCGACUUCCUCUAAUGUCCCCAUCAGUGUAACAAGGUCUCCCAUGGCUCCAACACCUGCAGUACCUGUUAGUUUUGCUCUGUUUGAUCCUGAACACUUUAGGGUAGUGUCUCCCCAGAAACCACAGCUUGGUUCUGGAAACCUUGGUUUUAAACAUGGGAGUCACUCGCCUGUGAAAUCCCCACCCAGACGGCCAGCUGUGGAAUCUAUUAGCUCUUCAAUGACUGCUCCAGCCAAUCAUGGAAAUCUGCCAGGUGCUAAAAAGGGAAAGUAUUUGUCACCCCCCAACGCCUCCAGAACUGAAAUGAGGUCACCCUCUGUGAAGUCUUAUCAUAUUCCAGUGGAGCAGAUUGAGAGGGACCUGAAUGAUAUUGAGACAAAUGUGGCUCAGUUAGAGAAGGAGGGUGUGGAGCUGGAAAAGAAACUCCGCUGCUGUGAGGAAGAGGGGAAGGGAGACGUAUUGAUGGACCCACUGAUGGUCGACUGGUUCAACCUGAUUCGAAAGAAGCAGAUGUACAUUAGGAAGGAGUCAGAGCUUGUAUACAUAGCCAGGACUCAGGAGCUGGAGCAGCAGCAGCCAGGUGUGGAGUGGGAACUUCGUAGGCUGCUGGAGAAGCCAGAUCAUUUAAAGUCCAAAGAGGAGCAACAGCGGGAGAAGAAGUUGAUGCAGAGACUGAUGGAGAUUGUGGACGGCAGAAAUGCUAUAGUGGAGGGUCUGGAUGAAGACAGGCUGAGGGAGGUGGAGGAGGAUCAGCAGCUGAAUGAAAUGAUGCAAAAUCUUGGAGUAAAGAAAGCUAAAAAUAAGAGGAAAUCUUCCAUCUCGAAACUGUUCAGGCGAAGAAGUAAAAGACGAGUGGAAUGAUCCCCAAGGCAAUUGUUACUACACUGAUAUUAUUGUCUUUGUCUACUGAAUAAUUAUAUUUUAAAAAUGUUUUAAGGUUUUUAUAUUCAAGUGCAGUAUGUGGUGUGCUAAUGAGAAGGCAAAUGAAGAGAUGUCCAAUUAGGAAGCACGUUGGGUCAAAUUAUGUGUUGUGUUUCUAUUUGUUUCAGAAUAUUUCAAAUUAAAGGUUCAGUUAAAGUGUUAUUUUUGUUUAACAUCCACCUUCAGUUCUCUGUUUUGUGCUACUUAGUGAAGUGAGAAUUUCUGAAUAGCUUAUUAUUCAAUCUUAGCUCUUCACAAGAGGUGUCCUGUUUUAUUCACAUCUGUUUUUCACAGUUUAAAAAGAAAAUGGUGUUUAAUUACGUGGCAAAUGCAGCUACGAGUUUUUCUCUUACAUUGAUUAGACUUCAGUGUCACAAGAAAAAUGCCUUGAGUCACGAAUAUGUUUGUUCUGUAAAUAUUCUGUAUAUUUAUUGAAUGAUUGGAAUGAGGUAUAAUUAAUAAUUUAGCAAAUCAACUCACACUGGGUCAAAUAAAUUGGAUGUUGGGUGUUAAAAACCAUAAACUAAAAGCUAUCAUGAUUUUCAAAUUACAGAGGGGACACUGGCUGUUCCACAUGCAAAUAGGAAUGCGAAUAAAUGUGUAAUCCUUCAACAGUCUUGAUCCAAAAUGAAAUUAUUUCAGUAUUUAUUUAAUAAUGGAUUUUAACAAAUUUCCUGUAAGGAUAUUAGCAGGAGAAAAAGCCUGGACAAUUAAGCUUGAAUGGCUGUGGAGUGUAAAAUGGAGAGCCACACAUGUUGAACUGCUUUGUUGCAGACUGUAGUUUCUCUCUCACACUGCACUGUAGGUGGCAGCCUGGGUAUGCUGUAUCACAAGGCAAGAACUUGGAAAUCCAAUUUGCCACAGUACGGACAGUUAAUUUCUUUGCUAAUUUUAUAAAUGCUGCAAAAAUGUUCAGCUGUGCUGAUACAAUAAUGUUAUGUGAAAGAGGAUUAGGUAGAGCAGUAGCUUAUGGCCAGGGAAGGCUUAUAAACUAUAGGUUGUAUUGAGCUUUUUAUCUUCAAACCGGGUUUAAUUAAACAUUUACUCUUUACUAAUAUCUGCAUCAGAAAUGCUCCGCACCUGAGCCAUUAAAAUGUUCAAACGUCGUGUGGAGUCACUCGUGUGAAAAUGGCAUUCACAGUAUUUGUAAGAAAUGUACUGUAAUGUUGCGUUUUAAGUGUUAUUGAAUGGUAUGUACUUGUACUCUAUUUAUAGUAUUUUUAAACUUGAAAUCUGUAGUCCAAUAAAUCCUUUGAAGAUUA